UUCUUAUUUAUAAUGGCUCAUAAAAAUUAAAAAAUAAUAAUAAAAAAGAAUCAUAUACAAUCUAAUAGGAACCGGUACUUGCUCCCCACUCCAAGUAAUGCAUGGUUGGCACCUUGAGGCAAUUGACUCCAACCUUGCUUUUUUAUAUAACCAUAAUUCCAGGCAACUUGUUGCAGCUCACUCUGUAGCAGACAAAAAAGACUUGACAUCGUUGCCCACUUGGUCUUUCCUUGCUUACCUCCUUUCUUGCUUAAAAUUCAUAGAACCAACAUCGCUAGAUAAUCUAAACGAAGCAGCAAAAAUGGAAGGAAGUGCUUGCAAUUGCAUAUCAGUGGGAAAAGAAGGUGGGGAUGAAUUCACCAACAUCACUCUGCGGCCAUUGGGUGUUUCUGACAUAGACCACUUCAUGGUGUGGGCUUCAGAUGAUAAAGUUACACCCUUUUGCACAUGGGAACCCUAUACCAGCAAAGAAGAUGGCAUCAGCUUUAUCAAGGAUACGGCUAUCCCACACCCAUGGUUCAGAGCAAUUUGCCUUGACAACCGCCCAAUUGGUGCCAUUUCAGUGACUGCAAAUUCAGGUAACGACAAGUGCAGGGGUGAACUCGGCUAUGUUCUGGGUUUCAAGUACUGGGGCAAAGGGAUUGCCACGCGGGCAGUGAAAAUGGUGGCUGAUGCUAUAUUUGAGGAGUGGCCACAUUUGGAGAGACUUGAAGCUCUGGUUGAUGUGGAAAAUGUGGGCUCCGGGAAGGUGCUGGAGAAGGCUGGGUUCCUGCGAGAAGGGGUUCUGAGGAAGUAUAUUACUUUGAAGGGGAAAACGAGAGACAUGGUUAUGUUCAGUCUUCUUUCCACCGAUCCCCGAACCUGACCACUAUCUGUACACAAUCAAUUGUAGAUAUUAUUUUCUUAAUAUGUGUAUCUCAAGAGCAACAAUCAGCAGCAGACAUUGCUGCUAAACAUUCAGUUGGAAUUCUUUCUUGUCACCUACAACUCCUUUGAUACUGCAAAGAGAUAUUCUGUUAAGAAAAUGCUAUUCCUAGUUCCUACCACAAAAUUUCUGGCAACGGCAGCAGACCUAAUAUCGUAUGCAUAUUAAUUAAAACAAAAAGAAAGGUUCAGGGGGCAUUGAAGGCCCAUAAAAUAAACAGGUCACAUUCCUCUCAUGCAUACAUGAAAGCUGAAACCUACAAAACACCUGCAUAAUGUGAUGUGGUGUAAGACAUAUUGGUCUCUGUUUGUGAAAGGCAGCUAGAUUAAUGUAAAUGUAAUCAAUGGGCCCCUUCCUCAUUGAAUUAAACCAAUAUCAUGAUAUUCUUAUGAUCAGAGAUAAAAAAGAACGUAUAACAAACACUUCAUAUUAAAUGACAGACCAAUGGGGGGAAAUGACUACGUAGUGGAAAGGUACCUAGUUUUUAUUUUAUUGCCACUAAUUUUGUACUUCUGUCUUCCUUAUCGCAUCGCAUUGCUUUUCAAAUGUAGGACAAAAGGCUCGCUCUUGUUCAUACUAGCAACUUUCUGCAUUAUUUUACCUAACCAAAGCUUCGUUGGAAAUGGCAUGAAAAUUUGGCAAUAAGGAAACUGACAAGAAUGGCAUAGUUCAGAUUGCUUAUUUCCCCCAGUUUGUGUGUAUGUUCUGCUAAGAUUGUGCCGAACUUGUAACUAAAUUAUGGAGGCAAAGCUCUGGAAGGAAAUCCAACAUCACAGUAUCACACUGGGAACAGAACAAAUUUCUUGCUUGGAAAAUUCACAAAGGUAGCAAUAAAUAACGCAGAAUCUCUUUCCUACUUGGAUUUCUCAAGUUCAAACAAGAAUUUAAGAGAAUCUUAAGUAGUCAAGCCCGUUGAGUUUCUGCCUAAAACCCAUUACAGAAUCUAAUAAACCAACCUUUGUAACAAAGAUCGAAUAACAAAGCCAAAUUCAAGAACAAAUUUCAUCAAAAUGAUAAAGAGAGGAAAAAAAAAAA